AUGCACAUCACGGCUUACUUCGCGUCGCUACUUUUCGCAAAUCUCGUCCAGGCGAUUGGUACGCUCAUCGACGCGCGCUGGGUCAUUGACGGCGGCGUCAUGCGAGGGCGACUGUGUACCGCACAAGGCGCACUCAAACAGGCGGGCAACGUGGGCGCGGCGCUCUGGUCGUUCAUACUCGCGUUGCACGUCUUCAACCUCCUCUUCUUGCGCCUGCGCCUCGCCACCGCCGCGUGGACUUCGACGAUUGCGACCUUGCUUGGAUGGGUGGGCGUGCUAUUCAUCGUGGUGCUAGGGCCGCUCGCCAUUCACAAGAAGGAAAAGGGGGACUUUUACGGGCCCUCCGGGUACUGGUGCUGGAUCACAGACGCAUACCCCGCGGAACAGACGUUUCUUGAAUACUUCUUCGAAUGGCUUUCUGCGGCGGCGAGCUUCGUACUCUACACCUGCAUCCUCCUCCGCGUGCGCGGCAAUCUCGCACGCACCGCAAGCGGCCGCUGGGCACUGCACGUCGUCCCUCGCGGCAGCGCGUGGCGGCUUGCGCUUGGGCGCGACAUGCUUGACUCGGCGAUGUUGGGCGUCGCGGCUGUCGUCGUGUGGUGCGCGCCUGUCGCAUACACGCUCCUGAUCGUCCCCAUCACCGCCGCACGCUUUGCGUGCUUCGCGGGGCUGCACGUUCCGACCUCUGUCACGUUCUUUGCCGAUUUUGUAUACAGUUCAAGCGGCACGGUGAACCUCCUGCUCCUGCUCGCCACGCGCAGGAGGAUGCCCGCACCGUACACCAUCCCGUCAUUCACGACGCCCCGCGCCUGCGUGCCCGCAGCGGGCAGUGCCGCCGCUGCAGGCAUCACGCCGUUCGUGCUAUCCGCGCCGGUCUCUGCCGCGGGGGACAUAGAAGCGAAGGGAGGGUACGAGGCUGAGGAGGACGAUGCGGGAGAAGAAAAGGGCGUGAGGAGGUGGGAUGGCGAGAAGGGGGAGAACGGGCGCGGGCGGCGCAGCGUGCGGAGCUCGGUGAGCUCGGUCUCGACAGUUGAGUCGACGAUGCCGCUUCGUGGGCAUUCGCGGAGCGAUGCACGCCUCGCAGAAGGGUCCUAUGUCGGCGGUGAUGGCGAGGCGUCUCGCUGACCUCCGCUGGCCCCAUGACUUUUUGCUUUUGACUUUGACGUCGAUCAUGACCUUGAAUUGACUUUGAAUUUGAAUUUGACUUUGACUUUAACUUAGACACUUUGACUUUCACGGUGUUAUUCAUGCACGAGCACGACCAGCCAAAUUACAUCUGUGCUUCGCCGACACCCUCUCAUCCGCCUCCACUUGCUGGUCAGAAUAAAUUAGACAGGUGCGGAUGCUUUUGACACUC